AUGGAUUCGCCUGCUGCACCUCUUGACGAGGCGACAGCCAUCACCAGCGACGCCCAGGCGGCGUUGUCUCCUCCAUGCGGCGCCCUGCAGCAACGCAGCGUGCCCAGCGCCGGCGACGCCCCAGCGACCACCGCCUUUGCUCUGGAGGCGCUCCCGCCCGACGUGGCGCGCCGCAUCCUUGGAACCCUCGCCUGCCCAGAAUACCCGGGCGCCCCCCAGCGCCUGCGCGCGCUGCAGCCUGCCGCGCUCACAUGCCACACAUGGCGCGGGGCGGCGCGGCAGUUGGUCCGCCAACUCACAUUCAAGGGCAGCUCUGAGGGGGCUGGCGGCCGCAAUCUCAGCGUCUUUCCCGAGCUGUCGCGGCUGGUGUUGAAAACAUUCCCCCGAGACGAAGAUGCGGCCCAGCUACUGCUCACCCUGGCGGUCCCCGAUGAUCCGGCACUGUCCGCAGCAGCCAGCGCCGUCAGUGGCAGCGGCAGCCAGACGCAGGGCGACAGGCCCGACGGGGUGCCCGGCCAGCAGCGACGUGCCAGCGUCGCCGGCGGUGGCUGCUUCAGCGGCCGCUGCGGCGGCCUGCAAGACAUCUGCGGUGGCACCUCGAUCCAGGUCGGCUCAGGCCUGAGCAUUUUGGCGCUGCCCCUGCCCCUCCCAGCCGCGCUGACGUCACUCACACGCCUCUCCGUCAGCCUCCUGCCGGCGAACUGCACCUCAGGGCCCCCUAAGCGGGGCGCCGGUGCGCCCGGCCGUCGGUUAGCGGCGGCGCUGGACGCGCUGCCCCUCCUUGUGCAUUUGAACUUGCGCGACGCGCCGCUGGUGUGCGCUGAGCUGGCGGAGGCGCUGCCGCGCGCUGCGCGACUGAGGGAGCUUGUGGUGGGAUGCGAGGACAAUUUCGACUUCUUUGAAGCGGGCCCCUCGCCACCCAAGCCGCCGGCGAGCAAACUCUUUUGGGCGGGCGCCACGCAGCUCGAGUCCCUGACGGUGCCCCUUGGCCUGCCGUCCGUCUUCAAGCGCGUCACCUCCCUCACGUCCCUCACCUUCGCCGGCGGAUGGGACUUCCUGGGCUUCAACCGCGCCGGCUGCGAGAACCUCAGGAAGCAGGCGUCAGGGAGAUCUUGGCAGAAUCCCAGCAGCUUCUCGCAGCUGUCCGCGCUCGCCAAGCUCACCAUCUGUUUCUCCUACGGCCCCAGGGGCGCCGACGCCAGUUCCGCCGCCACCGCGGCCGACUUGUCAGCGCUGUCGUCGCUGCCGGCGCUGCGCGACCUGUGGAUCAAGUCGACGGCCAGCGAGCGGCGCUUUGUUCCGAUGCAUGACCUGAACCUCCUGACCCAGAUCACGGCGCUGUCGCUAACCGCGGACGCACAUGGAGAGGACCUCACAGUGGCCGAAGCGCUGCCCACCGCGCUGGCGGGGCUGAGGAGCCUGAGUGUGCAGAUGUGCGGCGCAAGGCUCGUCGCCGGCCCCACAGACUGCGGCGGCGGCCUCUUGGGAACUGGAGAAGCGCCGAGUGGCAGUGCGGGGCCGUCGCUGGCGUCGCUCACACGCCUUGAGGCGCGUUUUGGGUCGGGCGCCUGCGAGCUGCUGUCCCCGCGACUGCUGCCUGCCGGCCUACGCUGCCUGACGCUGCGCGCCGACAACCCCAACGAUGAGGCGGCCGCCAUGGCACUGCUGGCCGCGCCCGCGCCGCCAGCCCCGGCGUUGCGCCGGCUGGAGAGCCUCGAGCUAUGCACGCGUCUGCGCGCCACCGCCUGGCGCGUCCCCGCGUGGCUGCCCGCGCUGGCGGGCACACUGGAGACUGUCCGGCGGCCCGGCAUCAUCGGGCAGCGAGAGGAGAUGCGGUCUCGCGUCCAAGGCGAGAUCGCGGCGCUGGAUGCUCUCGCGAGGAUGGGGGUGCGUGAGAUCAAGGUGGAGUUUGCAAUCAAGGACGCGCUCGAGGCAGCAGCCGGCCAGCCAGGGCCCACGGGCUCCUCUGUGCCGCCGCCGCCACCGCCGCGGCCGAAGGCACGGCUUCUGGCUGCGACCGACGAGGCCUGCGAGGAUCCGCCUCUGUCCGCAGCAGCCGUCGGCGGCGGCAGCAGCCAGGCGCAGAACGACAAGACCCACGGGGCACCCAUCCAGAACCAGCGCGGCGGCGGCGCCGGCGCCAGCUGCUUCAGCGGCAACCGCGGCGGCCUGUAA